AUUUCUGACUACUUAUCAUUUCUUUUUAAAUUAUUUGUCGAAUAAAUUCAAUUAUUAUGUUGCACUUCGGAGAACGUUGUAAAUUCUAUGAAGUUCAGAUAGGCGACAAAUAUGCCAUUUACGAGGCGGAUAAGAAUCAGUUCUUGGUAUCAAUAGGUAACAGUCCAAUAAUGCGUGAAGAACGAAUUGAGCUCAAAGAGAACAAUUUUAUUAAUGCCGAUUCCAAAAAAAUCAUUGAGGAUGUAUAUGCCAUGACAUGUCUACCAUACAGAUUUCGCUUCACCGAGGAAAUUGUCAAAGAAUGUACGCGAAGAAAUAAAGUUCAUGCCCGGCACACUAUUCUAAACUAUCCGCGCUACGAAGAAAUGGUGGAGAGGUUGAUGGAACAGCACUUUAGGUUAUCCCGUAGAAACUGCUCAAAUUUCUUCAAUGGAACCAAUUACUGGCCGUUGAUCAUCGUCGCUUUUCUACUUCUUUUUGUUAUGUUUUUCUACAGAACGAGAUUGUAAUGGAUCGAUUUAGUAUUUGAUUAAUAUGUGUACCUUAUUAAUAACUUAAUAGUAAUAUUAAUAACUUAAUAAUGGAAAAUAAACAAAUUUGCAAUCUUCAUAAUAUAAAAGAAA